AUGAUUACCUUAGUCCAGAACAAGAUGUUCCAUGGAUUGUCUUGUGAAGAUCCCAUUGAUCACUUGGAUGAGUUUGAUAGGCUGUGUGAUCUGACCAAGAUGAAUGGUGUCUCUGAAGAUGCCAUCAAGCUGAGACUCUUCCCUAUGUCUCUUGGUGACAAGGCCCAUCAAUGGGAGAAGAGUUUACCCCAUGGAUCAAUCACUACAUGGGAGGAUUGCAAGAAGGCAUUUCUUGCCAAGUUCUUCUCUACUGGUCGCACUGCUAAGCUGAGAAGCGAGAUAUCUGGUUUCACUCAAAGGAACAAUGAGACAUUUGCUGAAGCUUGGGAGAGAUUCAAGGGUUACACCAGUCAAUGCCCUCAUCAUGGCUUCAGCAAUGAUAAUGGAAACUUCCUCAAUCAAGAUGUAGAUGAUGGCUGGCAGCUUGUGGAGAACAUUGCUAACUCAAGUGGGAGCUAUGGAGAGGAGUAUGAUCGCACAAACAGGAGCUCGACCUCCAACUCGAUCGAGUCUGAUAGUAAGCUGAGAAACGAUGUCAAGGCACUCAAUGAGAAGUUGGAUACGCUUAUCUUAGCUCAAUCCACAAUGAAGAAGGCCAACUUUGUUUCUAAAGAAGAGAUGGUUCAAGGCCAAGAAGAGGAGGAGAAUCAGUUUGCUGAAGUGUGCUACAUUAAGAAUGGACAAGGAGGUUAUCAAAACGGUUACUAUGGCUACAAGUCACACCCUACCAUGUCCUACAGUAACACUGAUGUUGCCAAUCCUCAAGAUCAAGUCUACCCUCCGCAGCAACAGGCUCCAGCGAGUCAGCCUCCACAGCAAGGAUAUGGUCAGAAAGGGAAUUUCCAGGGCCAUCAGGGAAAUUAUCAAGGACAACAGCAGAGUGUACCAACUGGGUAUGCACCUCAAGCGCCUCAGGCUUCACCAAGUCAGGAACAAGAAAUAAAAGCCAUGUUGAAGCAGCUCUUACAAGGUCAAGCAGAUGGUGCUAUGGAGACAAGCAAGAAGUUGGCUGAGAUGAACUCUAAGAUUGAAUCCUUGAACACUAGAGUUCACUCUUUGGAACACCAUGCUUCUUCUUCUGCUGCUAAGCAAGGUCAAUUUCCUGGAAAGGCUGUUCAGAAUCCAAAGGAGCAUUGUAGAGCGAUCUUCACUCAAGAGGAAGGAUUUGAUCAACAAGCUGCUAAUGAGAAGGAUAUUGAGGAGAUCUGUAUGCUGCUUAAUAAUGAAGACAAUGUUGUUGCUGAUGCUCCUGGAGUCCAGUACGCUCAACCUGAAGUGCAAGCUCCUCAGAUAGCUAUCCACGCUUCACCGGUUGAGCUCGCACAACAAGCUCGAUUGGCAGCUCGAUCGAGCCAGACCGUCUCACCAGCUCGAUCGAGUCAGAUGCUUUAUGCUCCAACACCAUCUGAUGAUGACACCUACAAGCCCCCUGUUCCAUUUCCAAGUAGAAUCCUUACCAAGAAUCAGAAAAAAGUCAUCACCAAGUUUAGGAAUGACAUGAGUAAGAUUGGGGUUGAGCUACCAAAUAUGGGAAGUUUUCAAGCUGCUCAUGUCCAAAAGAAGAUGAUUAAGGACAUACUUGAUAACAAGGACGAAGUAGCUCAGCUUUUGGAGCCCUCUUCUUCCCAGGGUGAUCUCUUAUCCACACCAACCUCACUACCCAAGCUGAAUGGUCAGGGAAGCUUCACUCUGCCUUGUACACUUGGUCACCUACAACUUGAGGAUGCACUUGUUGAUUCUGGAGCAAGUAUCAAUCUGAUCUCUCUUGUUCUAAUACAGAAAUUGGGUAUACAGAGUCUGAUCCAGCGACCUAAGUCUUCUAUCAUGUUUGGGGAUGCUUCUUCUAAAGCCCCACUUGGUAUUGUCAUGGAUUUCCCUUUGAGAAUUGGAGAGUGCACAAUCCCAAUUGAUCUAACAGUUCUGGAUAUGGUUGACGAGAAGGAUGUGCCAUUGAUCUUAGGGACACCUUUCCUCACCACUGUUGGUGCCUCCAUUGAUUUCCAUACAAAGAAAGUGAUCCUGCACAAUGUCAACAGCAAAGUCUCUUACCCUCUCAAGGCAUCAAGCUCUAAAUAUUGUGGAACCAUUGCCACUAAGUCACUGAGCAUCAAGGGUGAUGAGUUUGCUGAGGUUGAAAAGAUGGAGAUAAUGACUGAGAGCAGCACAGAGCCAGUUAUUUGUGAACCUUGUGUUCUGGAUGAGAUGGGUCUUGCAGUUUUGUUUAGUGAGCAGCUAGGAAGUGCUCAAAAAGAUGGGGAGGGUAUGGCUUUGAAGGCGUCUCCUGGACAUAAAAGAAAGAUGAUCACGCCUCAGACUCUCUCAAGCGCUCCAUCCCAGCUUACCCUGACUCUGUUGCCAUCCAAGUUCACAAAUGGGAAGAUUGAGUACAAGAUCAAGUGCAAGAGAAAGUCUAAACCGUUUUCCAGUAUCAAUGCCUUGGUCAGUCCUGAGCUGCAAAAAGAUCAAACCAAGCUCAAGGAGCUCCUAUCUUCAGUCCUUACUGUCACAUUUGAUGGCGGGACCGCUCUCAUUCAUGCCUAA